AUGGCGCUCUCAAGCGACGGGGAGUCGAAUGAGGAGCUCACCUUUCAGGAGCUUCGGCCUCAGAUUCGCAUACUGAAUGUGGAGAAACAGCAAGACAGGGCAGCUUCUUCUCAGCGUCAGAACCUCCUCUUCGUGGCACAGGGACAAGAUAUAUAUGUUUGGAUACCGACUGGACCAUUCCAACUGCUAGGACAUCAGCCCGAGAUGAUCAUCCACCCUGUAAUGCAGAACCCACGUGCCGCCGGAUAUAUCGAUCGAAACGAGCCCCACACUAUCAAUAACAUACUGGUUGAUGACCUUGGUCGUGACGAGGUGCUCUUGCUCGCGACAGACUCCGGCAACAUAUGUGCCUACCACGUUGAGAGUAUCUAUGCAGCAAUCAACCAAUGCGCAACCCGAGGAUAUAAGCGGCCUUUCGCUGGCUCGGAAGUGAACCCAUUCUUCGUGGAAAGUGUAGGAAUGAGCGCUUGGGGACUUGCGAUGCAUAAAUUUUCUCGUCUAAUUGCUGUCAGCGCCAACACUGGGCACAUAACGGUAUUUGCAUUUGCGCUUGUUGAUUCUGCCUCGGUCGACGAUGAUGAGAAAUCACAAUAUCCUAUGGAACAAGGACCUGAACGAAUAGAUCAGACCUGGGUGCAUAUCGAUAGCAAGAAGCAGCUUCGAGAACUCCAGAAAAUGAAGGUGGGGAAUUACAGACAGCAGAACUUGCGUCUUACGUAUAGAGGCCACUUUGAUAAUAUUCCAUGUGUGUCAUUUGCGAACUUCGAUCUGGAUGCAAAUGCCGCGUGGAUGGUCAGUACGGAUAUCACCAAUCGAGUCAUCGUAUGGCGCAUUUGGGAAGAUCUGUAUCCACACAGAGUUUAUAACCCGGGUCAUCCUCAAAACAAUCCGCCUCAAAGAGGUUGGAGUGUGAUACCGCUGGAUCCGCGCACAUUCCGACGUUAUCAAUCAAGUGAAGAUGCUUGCGGCUGUGAGGUAGGAUCCCAGCUCAUUGAUGGGAGGACUAUUCUGGACGUGUCCAGGGCAAUCGAGGACAUCAGCGAUGCAUCCCAAAUUUUUGAUUGUGGUUCUCCGCGCAUAGUACCGGAUGAAGAGGAUGAGUACUUCCUUCCUGAUGGCCACUUUGCUUCGAUUGCGCCUAUAGAUGGACAAGCGAACCGUUCUGGACAGAAGGAACUUGGCAUUCUUCCUGAAAAGUAUGAAAGUGAUUCAGCAAGUGACUCUCAAUCCGAAGACGAGCCUGAACCACGUCGAGGAAUUCUGGAAAAGAACUCUCUGGCCAGUUUAUUCGAAGAAGAUAAUAAACAUCACCGAGUACAGCCAGCCCUGUGGUAUGGAUAUGGCUUUGAAGAACACUCCGAUCUCGAAUUUCUAAAAAGACAAUCUGUGCAUCCACAAUCGCCUUCACUGUUUCCUAUCAUGCAUUUUUCCGAGCAUCAUAUCAGCUUGGCUCCAUAUCCUCUGGAUUCUGAAUACCACCUGCUAUGCAAACAUCCUCUCUUCCAACGAGUCUACUCUACCGUGGAGAUCAGUCCUCACUGUGACCGAUUUAAUAUGGUGAAGUACAUCCCCGAACUUGGAAUCGUGGUUGCAGCCUCUCAAAAAGGCCGCAUUGCUAUAAUUUCCCUAACAUGGCAAGAAGAAGUUGGCUUUGCCUUCCGACUCGACUGGAUCGUACCAUUUAGCUCUCAAGAAUGCGAUAAUGGCCGUCCCAUAAUACCUCUCAUGGGUCUCGCUGUCAGCCCCAUGCCAGGUUUCGAGAACCCACCAGAUGUCCCCGUCAUUCCGAGAGGAUUCGACCCCAAUGAUGGACUCACCUUCAACUACCGUGCCUUGGAUCCCGAUGAAUCUGAUGAGGACCCAAUACAAUCAUCAUCUACCAAACCCCGCCAUCAAAAUUCUAAUUCACAAUCUGCAACCAUUGCAAAGCAAUCAGAUCAACCUCUCCGCAACACACGAUCUAAUCCCGACCUGGAAGAAGAAUCCGAAUCCGAGUCUGAUGACACCUCCACCAACCAAUCAGAAGAUGGAAUGUCAAACUCUGAACCCCUCACCCACACCCAGAGUCACACCGUGGCAGAGCUUCAUGCCAAAGCAUCACUCGCCUACCGUCCCCAUGAAAGUUGGCACGGCUGGCAUCCUUCCCGGCAUUACCGUCUUUUGCUUCUAUUCUGCGAUCAUAAUGUUAUGAGCUACGAGUUUUGGCAUGAUUGGAAUCAUUGA